CGACGCGACACGAGUGAGUGACGAGGUAUUCCGGGUGUAGACGGCCACACGACCGACACGAGCCACAAAGUGCCUUUUCCCACGUCUAGCGAAGUCAUGGCGUCCUCGAUAGGAACUUGCGUCCCCGUGCAGGCGCUUCCGAUUGCUAACACCAACAAGUUGAUCCUGACUGGGCCCUGCUUCCUCAUCAAAACCUCCACAGUGGCCCAGCAGGUGCAGGCGUUGAGACCGCUCAAGAAGAUCUGUCCCAGCAACGAACCCGAAGCGCUGAGGUGCAAGAGGAGAAUAGACUUCAGCAAGCUGGGCUACACCCUGCCUAAAGCUCAGCCUGCAGCCGUCCACAGGAGGAACGAGCGAGAGAGGAACAGAGUGAAGCUGGUGAACCUAGGUUUCGAGACUCUCAGAGAACAUGUUCCCAGCGGGAAGAAGAACAAGAAGAUGAGUAAAGUGGACACUCUGCGCGGAGCCGUGGACUACAUCAAGCAUCUGCAGGACGUGCUCAACGGCGACACGGACAGCAACAUUGACGACAGUCCCUCCAUGGACUCGGACAGCUACCCCAGCUCACCGUCAGACUCCGACAACAGCAGCGUGGACGUGGGCUACAGCCAGGACCGAGCUCCACCUCUCCCUGCUGCCACCCUGGUGGCCCCGGACCCCGGCCCUGCAGCCCCGUCCCCCCAGAGUGUGUGUUCCGACUCGUCAUACGAUUCGCUCAGUUCCCUGGAGGAGUCGGACAUUGUUGACUUUUCUCACUGGCUCACGCAACUGUGCAGUGCUUCCGACGUCGUCGACAACGUCUUCUUUAAUUCAGGUAUGGACAUACAGACGUGAGGCAACUAGAUCGACUUCUGCCGAGAUGUCACCCUCUAUCAGCGAGCUUCCAAACCAAGUAUUUGACAAUAACUGAUUCCACUAACAGGCAAAUCUACGGUCGAAUGUUCAUAGUUCCUGUUCACUGCGCGCACGAGCACGGAGGACCUACUUCAGAAGGACAUGUUCACUGUUUACGUUUCUGUAUCACCGCGCCAUUGUGGACUCUACAUUACGCUUUGUGGUAGUCGUAAAUUUGAUUGACUCUUUUUAAAUUCUUCCUUGAGAACUGUUUUUAGAAAAUCCAAUCUAUGAACACAUUAUAAGUGACCCAAAACAGUCUGUAUUUAUUUCUGUUAGCCAACGUACGUUGCGAUGACUGGGCUCUUCUUUCUCUUCUGAAAUAGUACUACAAACGAACGUAGAGUACGAUGAAUGUUCCCGGCCCUUCAUUCACAGAUUGAAUUCCCACCCGUUGAUCGUGAAGCGAUGACCCAGAGAUGACCGCCGCUAACGUGGCAUAAACAUCCCGGGUGCAACAAAGAGAUGGCCAUCUAUAGAACUUGUCAACAGCCCAUAGAAACCCUCGGCUUGGCCCCAGUGCAGGCUGAUGGACCUGGUCAAAAGAAAUAGCCGGACGUUGGAAAAGUGACCGCGCUGGACACGUUUGUGUGAAGUUUUCAUCUGUUGGUUUCUCAGCGCUAACCCAUGGGCGGCGUACCUGUCGAUUUAUCAUCGUUAACGAUGAAGCGCAACAUCGUCACGUGCUGCUUGUAAUUUCUUACGUGUGUAUUAUCGCAUCAUCAUUCGUCAUUAUUUAUCUUUCAUCAUCUCGCCAUAACACCGUCUCGUCAAAACACCCGAGUCUUAGCACUCGCUCAUAUAGCAGUUUAUAAAUCUUUAUUUAUAUUUAAAUGUCAAAUAUAUUUACUUGUGUUUUAGUCAUCGUAUGUGCGACACGAUAACACGUCGGUUUGUGUUGUAUUUCGGAUGAAUGCAUCAUCAGUAUAAAGUUUGUACAUUUCAUAAUGUAAUAUAUAUAUAUACUAUAUUUUAAUGACAAGCAUUUCGUAAACCUUAUUUUUAUAUCGUAUUCAACUGCCGCAAAUAUUGUCUUGUUUUUUUAACACUCACUCGUCAUCGCAAUAAGAUUGUUGUCACAGUCAAAAUUGUAUCUCCAUAGGAGAUCGAGAAACAAGAGUUAGCAAUUAAAGUAACUGUUACAAGAUGUUAGCAAAAGAAGAUAUAUUUUACAAUACUGUUUUAAGUUUUACUUAAUUCUGUUUACAUUUAGAUUUUUAAUGUUAUUAUUAAUACUACUUGUUAUUAGCUAAUUGUGAAAUCUGAGUUCACGUUUUCAUGGUUUUUGAUAAAACUAUUUGUUAUUUCACGAACUGCACCUAGUACAAAUUUAUCGUUGUUUUGAUGUGUCAAGUCUAUUGUCGAUAAAACAUGUCUAAAAGCUGUUACUGUUCAUGUUUGAAAAUCAUGUUGAAGAUAAUCAGGGCUGUUCUAGUAAAAAUUAAAGAGUGGGGCAAGUAUAUGUUUUAGUUGUCCCAUAACACAAAGAAUAUAAUAAAAUAGUUUUAUUUGAAUUUAAACAUAUUUUCAGUGGAUAAAAGAUUAUUUGGGUGCCCUCACCCAUACCCCUCACCCAUACCCCUCACCAUGUGAUAUUUGCUGAACAGCCCUUGGGGUGUUAUUCUUAGUGGAUUAAGGGAAAAAGUAUCUUUUUCCAUUUAUUUUUGUAUGAACUGUUGGUCAUGGUUCGGGAUCGUUAGCGCCCUGCCGUGUGUUUCUGUAUGACAUUAUUUAUUUUUACUGAAAGUUGUAAUUUGCUAAGUGCUCCUAUAUUAUCAUUAUUGUACAUUACUUGUUAUGUUUAUUAUAGUGUUAUUGCGAGUACCGGGUAAACCGCUGUUGACCACAGCCGCCAUGACGUCAUAUCAUGCUGUAUUGCCUUACCACUGCCGCCACGGAUCACGUGUAAUUUAUAUUGUAUAAAGUUUUAUUGUAUAGUCGCAAUGCGAUAUAUAUAUUUCUACCGAAUGUGCUCUAUUUUUUGCAUUUCAAUAAACAUAUUAACUGGAAAUGGCUUGUUUUGUGAAUGCCUGUAGUGUUGUAGUUACUUUAUCGAGUUAUGCUACUAGGUUUUCAUUGAAUUGCAAGAUGUUUUCGACUAACCCACCGUUUUGAAAGAUUAAAAUUAUAUUUUAAAUAUAUAUUUUUGUUUAAAAUACAACCGGCCUCGGUGGC